AUGGCUUCUAAGCGGUUUGUUGGUGCCAUGGCAAUCUUGGCAUUUGUUCUUCCUGUUGUGGCCAUGGCAACUGAAUUUACUCUACUAAAAGUAUUAUGGUCAAUUCUCAUACAUGCAGUCUUCAAAUACACGGUGGGAUGGCACAAUGUCUUCAAAGUGAAUGGUACGGCCUUCACGAACCACACUAUACCACCAGCAAAUGAAGCUAUUACCAGUGGAAAUAAUGUAAUUACACUGGCCGCGCCUGGAAGGAAGUGGUACAUAUGUGGUGUAAACGACCAUUGCGCCAACUAUGGACAGAAGCUUGUCAUCACUGUAUUGGAAGAGUCGGCGUCUCCUGCACCGGCCCCCUCCAACCCCAUAGCACCAGCACCCAACUCUGCUCAUGGGAUCUCUGGGUCCGGUUAUCAACUUCUGAUGGGAGCCAUGGUUGCUCUUGCCUUCCUAGCUGUUUGA